GUCAAUUCCCGAGCAUGUAGCCCAAAGCCCAUUAUCAGUUUCUUGUUUCCUUCUCUCUCCACGGUCACCAGCCGGAGUCGAAACUAUGGCGCGCAAGAAGCCGCAAGGGAACACUAAACCGGUGGCGAAUAAGCCGAACCAGAAACGGAUGAGCAACGCCGAGCGGUCGGCGUACUUUGCACGUAGAGAAGCCGCCAAGGUUUUGCGUACUAUUCUACAAGGAGACGCUCGGCGUCGAGCCGUCGGGUCCAUCAAGUCGCUGGUGUAUAGUCCUUCCGUUAGGAACAAAAAAGCUACCUAUGCUUUGGUUUGUCAAACCCUCAAAUAUCUUCCCAUUAUCAAGGAUGUCUUUGACAUUGCCAAUGUGCUGAGUAGCAAGUGGAAGAGGCAAGAAGAAUUAAUGUAUAUAAUCUUGUAUGACAUUCUUUUUGGCCAGGAGGCUUUAUUAGCUGGUGAUGCCGAAAAAAUUCUUCUGCAGCGGAAGGAUAUGUUGCAGGCAGCUCUUGCCAAGCUUUUAGUGCGAAAGAAAGUAAAACAUGUCUCAGAUUUGAUGACUUCUUAUAAAAUCUCGGACCUUCCGAAACCUCGUUAUGCUCGUGUAAAUACUCUGAAGAUGGACGUAGAGUCUGCCCUGCUCGAAUUUAAGAAGCAGUAUGAG